CUCUGCAACCACCAGGAAGUAUUCAGUUGAAAACGUAGUCGAAGGAAAAGGGCGGAGGGACUGGAGCUACCGAUGGGAGCAGGGAAUGACAAACCGUCGCGACUCAAAGCAGCGGGGCUAUCGUUUUUAAUAACAUUUAUAUGAACAACUUUAUGAAAACUCAACCUCCUUCCACACACACUGGACGCCCGAUGGCCGCAGCUUGAGCUCGGGAUUCUUGUUCGACUGAAACACGAGGACCCAAGCAAAGGGAAAUCCGACUGCCUUCUCAAGAGUGGGUCUGGGAGGCAGAAGGCCCAGAGCUGGGGUACCAUGCGUCAGGGGUGAGGGGGGGACCCAAAGGGGGAGACUCACAUCAUUGGGUGAGGGGGGUGUCAGCGAGGAGAUGAAACUCAAACAGCGCAUGGUGGUGCUGUGUGCCAUACUCCUCCUGCUGGGCUUGGCUAAGAUCUUCCUGCUGGAUGGUGGUGAAGGCUCCGUGGCGAGCAGGCGGGACCUGCGAGCUUUUCGUAAGAUGGAGGCCAGUCUCUCUCUCUCUCAAGGAGCCCGUCUCACACACACUCUUCAGUCUCCCUGGGAGAUAGCCAGUCAGUGGGUGGGUCCAAGAGAGGUGUACCCAGAGGACACCCCAGAACUGGCUGCGGUACUCACUGCUCUCAGCACUGCCAAGAUUGAGCGGGCAGAUGUGGGUUAUAAAGGGACACAGCUGAAGGCGCUGCUAGUCUUGGAUGGAGGACAGAAAGUGGUGUUCAAACCCAAAAGAUAUAACAGAGACUACGUCGUGGAAGGAGAACCGUAUGCAGGCUAUGACAGACACAAUGCAGAAGUGGCAGCUUUCCACCUCGACAGGAUAUUGGGGUUCAGGAGAGCGCCUCUGGUGGUCGGAAGGUUUGUCAAUCUGCGCACAGAAAUCAAACCCGUCGCCACAGAUCAGCUGCUCAGCACAUUCCUCAUGCAAGGAAACAACACGUGCUUCUAUGGAAAGUGCUACUACUGCAGGGAAAGCGAGCCGGCAUGUGCGGAGGGAGAGAUGAUGGAGGGCUCAGUCACCCUCUGGCUGCCAGACGUCUGGCCUCUGCAGAAACACAGGAACCCAUGGGGGCGCACGUACAGAGAGGGCAAACUGGCCAGGUGGGAGUACGACGAGAGCUACUGCGACGCCGUGAAGAAAAUGCCCCCCUAUGACGCCGGGCCGAGACUCCUGGACAUCAUCGAUACAGCCAUAUUUGACUUUCUCAUCGGGAAUGCUGACCGGCAUCACUAUGAGAGUUUUCAGGACGACGGCGGUGCCAGCAUGCUCAUCCUACUGGACAACGCAAAGAGUUUUGGAAAUCCAUCUGUGGAUGAGCGCAGCAUCCUGGCGCCGCUCUAUCAGUGCUGCAUGAUCAGAGUCUCCACAUGGAACAGAUUGAACCUGCUCAAGUCUGGAGCGCUCAGUUCAGCGAUGCGUCAGGCUUUGGGGUUCGACCCAAUUCAUCCCGUCAUGUCUGAGCCGCACCUCACUGCUUUGGACCGAAGACUGUCUGGAGUCAUGGCGACUGUCAAGCAGUGCAUGGAGGCCCAGGGCCCAGAUAACACUCUGAUUGAGGACAGGAUGAACCUCCCUCAUUCAUAGGAAUAAGAGAGACAAAGCAAUGUCGUCGUGAUGAGUCACUGGUGGGGUGUGACCCGAAGCGAAAUCCAUGCAGUGAACGUGCACAUGCCUGUGAGACUCCUGAACUUUCAGCCUGCUCUCGAACUGCUCAGUCCAGGACACGGUACCGGACAACAAGCUUGGUCCCGUUGACACGUGGAAUAUCAACUUUUUCAUUCAACUGAAGCCCCACUUGAACUGACGUAAACACAUGAAACAAUGUCACUGCAUCAUGAACUUAUUUAACUAAAUAUGAACCUGAUUUGAUGAUUGAAUGACUCAGUGGUUGGAAAUGUUCUCUGUGUGUGUGAGUGCGUAUGUGUGCGCGUGCCUGCGUGCGAACACGUGUAAGAUGGUUUCGCCGUGUGUGUCUGCGGAAAGGUGCCAUAUUCUAAAAGCUACUGAAUUCACAGACUUGAACGCUUCCGGUUCAGGAAGUAUGAUGAUGUGAGUUGUUCUUCAUCAAUAAACUACAGUCGACUGAACUGUUUCUGUCAUGU